GUGGCUGUCUCCCUUGCUGGGCUUAAACUGUUUCCAUCCUCCUAGACUCAAGAGUGCUGAGCUGCUGCAACUCGCGCCAAGAUGUCUAAGCCUCUAUCCGACCACGACAGGAAGAAACAGAUCUCCGUGCGCGGCCUGGCCGGCGUGGAGAACGUCACAGAGCUGAAGCAGAACUUCAACAGGCAUCUCCACUUUACCCUGGUCAAGGACAGAAAUGUGGCCACCCGAAGGGAUUACUACUUUGCCCUUGCCCACACAGUGCGUGACCACUUGAUCGGCAGGUGGAUCAGAACCCAGCAGCACUACUAUGAGAAAGAUCCCAAGCGGGUUUACUACAUCUCCUUGGAGUUCUACAUGGGCCGCACCCUCCAGAACACCAUGGUGAACCUGGCACUGGAGAACGCCUGUGAUGAGGCCAUGUACCAGCUGGGUUUGGACAUGGAAGAAUUGGAGGAAAUGGAGGAAGACGCUGGUUUGGGGAAUGGAGGCCUUGGUCGUCUUGCUGCCUGCUUCUUGGACUCGAUGGCCUCACUGGGUUUGUCUGCCUACGGUUAUGGUAUUCGCUACGAAUUUGGUAUCUUCAAUCAGAAAAUCAUCAAUGGCUGGCAGGUUGAAGAGGCCGAUGACUGGCUGCGCUACGGUAACCCCUGGGAGAAGGCCCGUCCCGAAUACAUGCGUCCCGUUCACUUUUACGGCAGGACGGAGCAUCACCCCGACGGGGUCAAAUGGGUGGACACUCAGGUGGUGUUGGCUCUGCCGUACGACACGCCCGUUCCAGGUUACAGGAACAACUACGUGAACACCAUGAGGCUUUGGUCUGCGAAGGCGCCAUGCGAGUUCAACCUCAAAGACUUUAAUGUUGGCGGCUACAUUCAGGCUGUUUUGGACAGAAACUUGGCGGAGAACAUCUCCCGUGUGCUCUACCCCAAUGACAAUUUCUUUGAAGGGAAGGAGCUCCGUCUGAAGCAGGAAUACUUUGUGGUGUCUGCCACCCUGCAAGACAUUAUUCGCCGCUUCAAGGUCUCCAAGUUUGGCUCCAGAGAGAUUGCUCGCACCGACUUCAGCAAGCUGCCUGACAAGGUUGCAAUCCAGCUCAAUGACACUCACCCCGCCAUGGCCAUCCCAGAGCUGAUGAGGGUUCUCGUGGAUGAGGAGAAGCUGGCAUGGGAUAUGGCCUGGGAUGUCUGCGUGCGCACCUGUGCAUACACCAACCACACCGUCCUCCCGGAAGCCCUGGAGCGCUGGCCGGUGGACUUGUUUGCUCAUCUGCUGCCUCGACACCUGGAGAUUGUCUAUGAGAUCAACCGGCGCCACCUGGAGAGAGUCGCUGCUAAGUAUCCGGGCGACGGCGAGCGCCUUCGCCGCAUGUCCCUCAUCGAGGAAGGUGGACAGAAGAGGAUCAACAUGGCCCAUUUGUGCAUCGUGGGCUCCCAUGCUGUCAACGGAGUGGCCCAGAUACACUCUGACAUCCUUAAAGCUACUGUUUUCAAGGACUUCUACGAAAUGGAGCCUCACAAGUUCCAAAACAAGACCAACGGCAUCACUCCUCGCCGCUGGCUUGUUAUGUGCAACCCGGGGUUGGCUGAGGUCAUCGCUGAGAAAAUUGGGGAGGACUUCAUUCGUGACCUUGACCAGCUCAAGGGGCUCCGCAAGUUUGUGAACGAUGAAGCUUUCAUCCGGGAUGUGGCCAAAGUCAAACAGGAGAACAAGAUGAAGUUUGCAGUUCACCUGGAGGAACACUACAAGGUGAAGAUCAACCCCAACUCCAUGUUUGACGUCCAAGUCAAGAGAAUCCACGAAUACAAGAGACAGCUGCUCAACUGUCUGCACAUCAUCACUUACUACAACCGCAUCAAGAAGGAACCCAGCAAGCAGUGGACUCCGAGAACCGUCAUGAUUGGAGGAAAGGCCGCACCUGGAUACCACACCGCCAAGAUGAUCAUCCGUUUGAUCACCGCCAUCGGGGAAGUGAUCAACAACGACCCCAUCGUGGGAGAUCGGCUGAAGGUCAUCUUCCUGGAGAACUACAGAGUGACGCUGGCAGAGAAAGUCAUCCCGGCGUCUGAUCUGUCAGAGCAAAUUUCCACCGCUGGCACUGAAGCCUCCGGCACUGGAAACAUGAAGUUCAUGCUGAACGGGGCGCUGACCAUUGGUACCAUGGAUGGAGCCAAUGUUGAGAUGGCAGAGGAGGCUGGUGAAGAAAACUUCUUCAUCUUUGGCAUGAGGGUUGAUGACGUUGAUGCGCUGGACAGGAAAGGAUAUAAUGCUCAAGAGUACUACGACCGCCUCCCUGAGCUCAAACAGGCAAUUGACCAGAUUUCUGGAGGACACUUUAGCCCAAAACAGCCUGACCUGUUUAAGGAGAUCGUCAACAUGCUGAUGCAUCAUGACAGGUUCAAGGUCUUUGCUGACUAUGAAGACUACAUCAAAUGCCAAGAAAAAGUCAAUGCGCUCUAUAAGAACCCCAAGGAAUGGACCAAGAAGGUGAUCUACAACAUCGCAGGAUGCGGAAAGUUCUCCAGCGACCGCACCAUCACGCAGUACGCUCGCGAGAUCUGGGGCAUGGAGCCCACGCUGGAGAGGCUGGCCGCCCCCGACGACAAACAAUAGAUAAACUGGAUGCACAGAGUAGCAAAAGCAGCUGGAUUUAAACCAGCACCCACAUCAUGUUUAGUCACCAUACCUUUAGCUGCUGCAGUUGCUCAGUUUCAUGCAAAAUCUUGCAAAGUUUACAUUUUUCAUGCCGGCGUAUCAACUGGUGUCACUCAGAAAACACAAGCGAUGCAUGUUAGAAAUAUUUUAAACUAAUACGUAGAGCUUUGCUGUGGUCUUUGUAUAUUGACUGAUGGUAUUUUUUUUUAAUAAAAAUAAUAGACUGUUGUAUUUCCACUCAGACCCAUUCUGAAUAAACUUGGUCUUAAAUAAAA